CCGUGGUGGUGCAGAGUCAGUGGCGUAAACACUUACAGCUACUGGGUUCAUAUCUGAAAUCAGCUCCGAGCCUCGUCAACAUACACAAUGGGUAAUCCUCGAAUAUCAAAGCAAGUGUUCCGGAAGUCAUCUCAUACACACCGGAAGUUCUGCCACAUUCUGGCGUGCAUGCUUAUUCUGUGGUGUGGUGUUUAUCUGUUGUCGUGGCAACCUUCAAAGGAUAUUAUUCAGCAAGAUAUUACUCAGAAUACAUUUUCAAAACGAAAAGCCAAAGUUGAGGACAUCUGCUUGCAAAAUGUGACCUUUAAUGUUGACAACAUCUGGAUACACGACAAAUUACGUCUUGUAUACUGUCCCGUUGCUAAAGUGGGAACUACCUACUGGAAAAGAAUACUUCUAUUUCUAAACAAUGACACGUUUGGUUUGAAAAUAAACACACCCUUUGAUAUUCCACGAUCGUUUGUACACUACUUACUGCCGAAUAGAACGAAGGUGUUAAGAUUUGAGAACGCAACCUUUUCCCCUAACAUGAGUAAGAUUAUGUUUGUUCGUGAGCCAUAUUCUAGACUGUGGUCUACGUAUAUUGAUAAAUUCUUUCUGCCAGACUUCUGGAGGACGUAUGCCAGAUUUGCGAUACGUUGGCGACGAAGACAGACGUCUCGUGGUUUUAAGUGUAGAAGUGACGUGUCAUUUGAAGACUUUCUCAGAUACGUCAUCCAUUAUGGUUCUAAACCAAUGAAAAUGAACGAGCACUGGAGACCCAUCGUGUUCAUUUGCGAUCCGUGCAAAUUCCAGCCCGACAUGAUUGGAAAACAGGAAACGUUUGUGGAGGACUCGAAGUUUAUUCUGAAAUCAAUUGGACAGGAACAUUUAGCGUCAUAUAACGACAACGAACACCAGGGACACGUCCUCAAUGAGCUUUCGAUGCUAAUAGACUACAACUUCGCCUUACUCAAUAAGACUUUUUACAAAAGAUGCAUUUCUCAGAGAGGUAUGGCGGUUCGCUUGUGGAAAGCUUUCCAGAUGAAUGGUUACAUACCAUUCGAUAUGGAUUUCGCGGACAAAUCCGCAAACCUUUCUGUGUUGGAUGCCGGCACGUUUAAGUCAUUAGUGACCAGCAGUCUCACUGAAAUCAAAUCUUCGUUGGGUAGAUGGCGUGUAGGACGUCGUUCUGUGAUGACGGCGGCGUACAAAAUGGUGGACAGGGCUGUGUUGGAUCAAAUAGCUGACAUUUUUAAGUGGGAUUUUCUGUUCUUUGGAUACAACGAACGACCAAGCGAUAUCUUUAAUCCUCCUACCGCCUACAACAUUGCAAAAUAAAUGUUUAAGAUGUUUCCGACUAAUAAAAUAUUUCUACGAUUAAACUUACAUAUUAAAUAUAUUUUCUUGUUUAGAAUAUCAGUGUCUGUAUAUUCAAUGUGUUUCUG